AUGACAAGUUGUGGUGAGGAUAAAGCGAAUUCAGACUUUUGUCGGGUAUGUCGAUGUGAAGGGACUGCAUCUAAACCUCUAUUUCACCCUUGUUUAUGCACCGGUAGCAUAAAAUAUAUUCACCAGGAUUGUCUUGUUCGUUGGCUUGAAUACAGCAAGAGGAAUACUUGUGAAUUGUGUAAUCAUCGAUUCACAUUCACUCGAAUUUAUGCUUCUGGCACACCGCGAUUUUACCGUUCACUGUUUUAG